CUCCGUCAUCAUUUCCCACAUCCCCCAUAUUUAUUCACACGGCUUCUCAAAACCACAUUACAUUACAGGGUGGGAUUAAAGUAUAAAACAUUAUUAAUCUAAACCCUUGCGCAGCAGAUCUCUGAAAUCUAGCUAGGGUUUAGCGAUGGGUGUGCCGUCGUUUUACCGGUGGUUAGCGGAGAAGUAUCCGAUGGUGGUGGUGGACGUCGUCGAAGAAGAGCCGGUCGAAAUCGACGGCGUUCAAAUCCCCGUUGAUACGAGUAAACCUAACCCUAAUUUAAUCGAAUAUGAUAACUUGUAUCUCGAUAUGAACGGGAUUAUUCACCCGUGUUUUCACCCUGAGGAUCGGCCUUCUCCAACCUCUUUUGAUGAGGUGUUUCAAUGCGUGUUUGACUAUAUUGAUCGGCUUUUUGUAAUGGUUCGACCACGAAAACUGCUCUUCAUGGCUAUUGACGGUGUUGCCCCGAGAGCAAAAAUGAAUCAGCAACGGUCUAGGCGGUUUAGAGCAGCCAAAUCAGCAGCUGAAGCUGCGGCUGAAGAAGAAAAGCUGAGGGAAGAGUUUGAGAAAGAAGGCAGAAAGCUUCCGCCAAAGCAGGAAUCACAAACUUUUGAUUCUAACGUUAUCACUCCAGGAACCGAAUUCAUGGCUGUUUUGUCAACCGCGUUACAAUAUUAUAUUCACAAAAGGUUAAACAAUGAUCCUGGAUGGAAAUCUAUAAAGGUUAUGCUUUCUGAUGCAAAUGUUCCUGGUGAAGGAGAGCAUAAAAUUAUGUCAUAUAUUCGCCAACAACGGAACAGACCUAAUUUUGAUCCGAACACUCGUCAUUGCUUGUAUGGUUUGGAUGCAGAUUUGAUAAUGUUGGCUUUGGCUACGCAUGAAGUUCAUUUUUCAAUACUUAGAGAAGUUAUAUCGUUCCCAGGACAAAAGGACAAAUGUUUUAUUUGUGGUCAACCGGGUCAUAUUGCGGCAAAUUGUGAGGGAAAGGUAAAGAGAAAGGCCGGAGAAUUUGAUGAAGAAGGAAGCAAGAAGAAACCAUAUCAGUUCUUCAAUAUUUGGACUCUUAGAGAGUACCUGGAAAACGAGAUGAAGAUCCCUGGUCAUAAGAUUGAUUUUGAGCGAAUCAUUGAUGAUUUUGUUUUUAUAUGUUUCUUUGUCGGAAAUGAUUUUUUACCACAUAUGCCUACUUUGGAAAUUCGUGAGGGUGCGAUUAACUUAUUGUUUGCAGUAUACAAGAAAGAAUUUAGGGCUAUGGGUGGGUAUUUGACUGAUACCAGCAAGCCAGAUCUUAGCAAAGUAGAGCAUUUUAUUCAGGCAGUUGGUUUGUAUGAAGACUCUAUAUUUCAGAAAAGAGCUCAAUCGAAUCUGAGACUAGCCGCGAAUGUAAAACGUGAUAAGGCUCAAGCCAAAAGAGGAUACAAUGCUGGAACACAGGUUGAACCUGAGUCGCUGGUUCCAGUUCGCCGGUUCCAUGGAUCACGCCUUGCAUCAAACCAAUCCUCUUCACCAUACCAACAAAAAAAAUCAAGCGGUUCUAAAACAUCCAUGAAAAACGAGUACCGAGUUACCCAUGCUACUGAAGAUUUAUCUGCACUUGACAUCAAGAGCAAAAGGCAGAUGCAAUCUGAUGAUGGCAAUAUUCGGGCUAAAAAAGUUGCACGUUUGUCUUCUGGACCUGCUAUUGUGGAAACAGAAACUUGUCUUGAACAAGAAGCACUCGAGAACAAAGAAGAAUUAAUGAUAAAGUUGAAGGGGGUUCUUCGUGAAAAGUCUGAUGUUUUUAACUCUGAUGAGCAAGAGGAAGACAAGAUUAAACUAGGGUCCCCUGGAUGGAAGGAACGGUAUUAUGAAGAGAAGUUUUCAGCCAAAACCCCUGAGGAGCUAGAUGCAAUAAGGAGAGAUGUUGUUCUAAAAUAUACAGAAGGUCUAUGUUGGGUGAUGCAUUAUUACUACCAAGGUGUUUGUUCCUGGACAUGGUUUUACCCUUAUCAUUAUGCCCCGUUUGCUUCUGAUCUCAAAGAUCUUAGUCAGCUAAAUAUAAGCUUUGAGCUCGGUGCACCGUUUAAACCAUUUAAUCAAUUGUUAGGGGUUUUCCCUGCUGCAAGUUCCCAUGCACUUCCAGAGCAAUAUAGAAAACUGAUGACAGAUCCAAACUCGCCUAUUAUUGAUUUUUAUCCAACAGAUUUUGAAAUAGACAUGAACGGGAAGCGGUUUGAUUGGCAGGGUAUAGCGCUUUUGCCUUUCAUCGACGAAACCCGUCUUCUCAGCGAGGUGGAAAAACUUGAAAGUUCUUUAACGGAAGAAGAAAGAAGGAGAAACAGCAGGAUGAAUGAUAAGCUUUUUGUGGCUUUAUCGCAUAAGCUCUCUCCAUACAUCCUUGCGUUAUGUGACCGUACUAAAAACCUGUCGGCAAAUGAGCGGGCUGAAAUCAAGGAACAAAUCAACUCUGAGGCAAGUGGUGGAAUGAGUGGCUAUAUAUCUCCUCCUGCAGGGGACCCAUGUCCGAAAAUUUUUAGAUCACCCAUUGAGGGGAUGGAUGAUAUAACCGACAAUCAAGUCAUUUCUGCAAUAUACACGCUUCCAGAUCCUCAGCAACACGUAGCUCAUCCUCCUGCUGGAGUUCAAUUGCCAAAAAAGACGGUUACAAUGGCAGAUUUGACACCCGCACCUGCCUUAUGGCACGAGGGUAAAGGGCACAAACCCUUGAUUAAACCAAGGACUUUUCAGUAUAAUCCUAACGGGCAAAAUAAUCACAAGAACCCCCCUGGGUCUAUUUCCGGGCCCCAGCUGCUUGAGGCUGCCCGUAGGCUGGUACUCAACAGCUUACAAGUUGGAUCGCGUGGUUGUCAACCAAGUGGACCGGAUCCAUUCUAUGUUUUACCACAACCCCAAGACCAUGGAGCCAAUAAUCAUCAGCCAAGUGGAUCUCAGAAUGGGCUCGUAAACACUCCACGUGGGUCCCAAGAUCAGAGUAGUCUUACGCGGGUUAAUGGUAUAUGGGUACGUGAGCAGAAACAUCAGUCAAGUGGAUCUCAGAUCGGGCCCAGUAACCCUCCACAUGGGCUGCUGAACCAGCAUCAGUCUGGUGGAUUUCGGAAUGGGCUUGCAAACACUCCACAUGGGUCUCAAGAUCCGAGUCAUAGCAAGCAUGAUAAAAGUGAUCCGCAGCCUGUGCGGUGUAGUGUUAGGCGGGUUAAUGGUAUAUGGGUACGUGAGCCGAUUCAACAUCAGUCAAGUGGGCUGAACCAGAAUGGGCCCAGUAACUCUCCACAUGGGCUGAACCAACAUCAGCCUGGUGGAUUUCGGAAUGGGCGCAGUAACUCUCCACAUGGACAGAACCAUCAGCCACGUAGACGUCGGAGGGGGCCCCGUAACCAUCCACAUGGGCAGAAGCAACAUCAACUAGGUGGAAAUCAGAAUGGGCCUGUUAACUCUCCACAUGGGUCCCAAGGGCCCACCAAAGUGCCAGGUGGCACUCAACCUCAUCAGGGUGGUGCAUCCAACAGUGGAGGUAAUUCCUCUGGUGGGAAGAAGAAGAAGAAGAACCUUAAUAAGUCAGGUGGAAAUCAGAAUGUGCCUGUUAACCAACCAAGCGGGUCCCAAGGGCCCACCAACGUGCCAGGUGUCACUCAACCGCAACAGGGCGAUGGAUCCAACAAAGGAGGCAAGCCCUCUGGUGGGAAGAAUCAUAAUCAGGUGGAUGGACCCGCUAACCCUCAACAGGUGUCCCAAGGGCCCACCAUAGUGCCAGGUGUCACUCAACCGCAACAGGGCGGUGGAUCCAACAAAGGUGGCACUGGUGGGAUGAACCAUAAUCAACCUCAGGGUGGUGUGUGGGUACCUGUGGGGAAUCAAAGCGGUACACCGGGGAACACAAACCCUAAUAAAAAGAAGCGCCGACAAAAAAAGAAGCAAGCAGCGGUUGCGCAAAACCUGAUUUCUUAAUUUCAUUUAGAGCUGAUGUUGGAUAGGGCUUAUUUGUUCUUUUUGUUGUGUAUUGUAUGAUCUUCAUUUUUUCAAAUUCUUUCGGGGGUUGUACUUUUGCAA